AGGUUAGUGAAGGAGCUGGAGGCCCAGGAAGACAGGCCACCCUCUCCAGAUUUAGCUCUGAAGGGAGGGGACAGAGAGAUCCAGCAUUACGGCUCUGAAGGAACCUAUGGUUUAAAGGUAGAAACAGGGCAAGGCAAGGCUCGGAGAGAGAGAGGGUUAAACCACUGUUAAGGAAUCAGGCUCAGUCUUCUGAACUUCCCUCCGAGGCAAAGCUCUCUUCUGCCGGGCUGGACCCUCUUUCUGGAGGGAUUUUAUUUUGGAAGACAUGGAUCUUGCCGCCAACGAGAUCAGCAUCUAUGACAAACUGUCAGAGACUGUUGAUUUGGUGAGACAGACAGGCCAUCAGUGUGGAAUGUCCGAGAAGGCAAUCGAAAAAUUUAUCAGACAGCUACUGGAAAAGAAUGAACCUCAAAGGGGACCACCCCAGUACCCUCUCCUUAUAGCCAUGUAUAAGGUCCUCCUAACUCUGGGAUUACUCUUGCUCACUGCCUACUUUGUAAUUCAGCCUUUUAGCUCCUUAGCACCUGAGCCAGUGCUUUCUGGAGCUCACACCUGGCGCUCACUCAUUCAUCACAUUCGGCUGGUGUCCUUGCCCAUUACCAAGAAGUAUAUGCCAGAGAAUAAGGGCGUUCCUCUGCAAGGAAGACAGGAGGACAAACCCUUCCCAGACUUUGACCCCUGGUCAUCAAAUAAUUGUGAGCAGAAUGAGUCAGAGCCCAUCCCUGCCAACUGCACUGGCUGUGCCCAGAUAUUACCCCUCAAGGUAACGCUCCCAGAAGAUACUCCGAAGACUUUUGAAAGACUCCGUCCUCUGGUGAUCAAGACAGGACAGCCUCUGUUGUCUGCGGAGAUUCAGAGUUUCUCAUGUCAGUACCCUGAAGUCACAGAGGGCUUUACUGAGGGCUUUUUCAGCAAGUGGUGGCGCUGCUUUCCUGAGAGGUGGUUCCCAUUUCCUUACCCGUGGAGAAGACCUCUAAACAGAUCACAGAUUUUACGGGAACUUUUCCCUGUUUUUACCCAACUUCCAUUUCCAAAAGACGCCUCCUUAAACAAGUGCUUCCUGAUCCAGCCAGAACCUGUGGUGGGCAGCAAGAUGUAUAAGGUGCAUGACCUGUUUACUGUUGGCAGCGGGGAAGCCAUGCUGCAGCUCAUCCCUCCCUUCCAGUGCCGAAGACACUGUCAGUCCGUGGCCAUGCCGAUAGAGUCUGGGGAUAUUGGCUAUGCCGGUGCUGCCCACUGGAAGGUCUACAUCGUAGCCAGAGGGGUCCAGCCUUUGGUCAUCUGCGAUGGAACCACUCUCUCAGAACUAUAGGAAACAGCUGCUUGGAGACCUGAAACCCAGGCUGAAAAGGGUGUGGAGCGGGGAAUAAAAACACUGAAACACUU